AUGGAGGCUGUAACAAGAUGGCUGUGUAGCUUCUAUGCAGACAAAGUGAAGAUUCAACACCAUAGCCGAACAGUAACUUGUGGAGAGAAAGUACUACUUUGUAGUAUCGCGUUAACCGACUCUAAUUCAAAGUUUACAGAUUAUCACGAGAAUAAAAUCACUGUUUUAUACUGCGAUAGAAAUGCGGUAGCAGUAGGAGGCUGUAAAUUUGAUAUUAAGAAAGUAAAUUCUCGACAACUCAACGUUUUCUGCUAUGCUCGUCGGGCUGGGAAAGCAAGGGUGAAUGUGGAUCUGGGGAAAUGGUAUCAAGUCGAAG